CAGCUUUUCUUCAGUAAAUUCUAUUGGUUGAGCCAUCCGUAUUCUAUAGACACUCUUAAGUCUUUCACUGUGUUCCUCGCGGAGGUUUCGAACUCUCCAGGUAUCCUUCCGUAGCGUCCUUUGAAACGAGUCCUCCCGUACCCGAGGCAACGCGCCACAAUAAACACCUGCGGCCACCGUCUGCACCCGCGUCGCGGGGAGCGUGCCGAGGCGCUUCGCAGCGAGGUCUCGCGCGGGAAGCGCUUGCGCGGGGAGGCUCGUGGCCCCCGCAGCUCCUGCCGCUGAGUCAACCCGGACGGGAGCUCAGACGCCCUGGUCCCGGUUGUGGGACCGGUGCUCUGCUGAGAGGUGACUUGGUCCUGUGGGCCGCCGGGUGUUGUGCUUUAGUGCAAGGUAGGAUUUUGCCAUAAACGAAAUAGCCGCAUCCUUGCAACCUCUUGAGGUUGCCAGUAUAGAAAGCACCGCCGCAAGCAGCAGCCAUGCCGGCAGAAGGAGGGAAGACGGAUAUGGAGAGGAUUGGCCUCUUCAGUGAGAUGGAGUAUGUUACUGUUGGUGAUAAAUAUGUGUCCUCAUUUAAUCGACCCUUUAAUGACGCUGCAAGCAAAAAUAAACAGAUGCUACCUGGGGGAUCCAAAGCAAUGUCAAAUCUCCAGGCAGGUUAUUUUGAUCCCCAUUUUGUAAGGAUAUUUGAAGGUGAAGGCUAUGUAAAUCUGAAUCAAGUGAGGAGACGGCAUAUGAUGGAAGAAGCCAAAAAAAACCUAGGCAAAGCCUUCCUCCCUAGUAAUGGAGAUAAAAAGCCAUGUGGGUUAGGAACCUACUAUGGCACAAUAGGCGGUCCGGUGCCAUUCUUCAGCACACAGUUGAAACCCAGAGACAAAUAUGAGGUACCUGGAAAGAAUUUAUACACAAACCCGGGAAAGAAAGGAACAGGAUAUGGCUAUGCAAAUAUUACCAUAGGUAAACAGUUUUCACACUCUGCUGAUUUCUACGAUGCACCCAAACUAGAUUUUAAGAAGGAGAAUGAAGAACACCGUCGUUUAGUUAAAGGAACACCUUUCAAAUCAAAUCUUUACCCAAGGGAAUAUUUUGACACGAAUCCUUAUUUGUUUGAGAAAGCUUUACCACCAAUUAAAAAAACAGAGAAGAAAGAAUUACUUGCACACCCCUUUAAGCCUUCUUCUCCUGGUAAAAAGGGCACUAAAUACGAAGAACUACAAGACUGCUUCAGUACAGUCCUGUUAGCAUCUGGAAGACAAAUAGCUUUCCAGGUCCUGACUACCAGUAAUUCAUUAUCAAGUGCUAAUUAUUUGAGAAUAACAUAAGAUAUGGAACAGGUGUCUCAGGCAUUUAAGAUAUGUAAGCCUGCAACUCUAAUAUUCUUCUUUGUUUUAGUACUAUUUCUUAAUGAAUAAAUAGUAUUUGUUAAUAAUUAAUAUGUGAUUGCUGAUCUUUGCUUAUAUCUUUCUCAGGAGAAUAUGAUGCUUACACAUUUUAUAAAAUCUUGAACUGUAGUCUUAUCAUUUGAAAGCUUCUAAUGUUAAAAAAUUGCAAGCUUGGAGAGCAGGUGUGGAAGUUGGGGCUGGAGGGGUAGAAAGUGCACAUUAAAUUCUUACCUUGUGGUUCUUGGGGGUCUUUGAAAAUUGGAUUGAUAGCUUAUCCAAGUGUCCUAGCCAAUAUACUGCAUAUAU